UGACAGACGCUCCAGUCCUAGACGGGCAGCUAGACUGGAGCAGCGGAUUGCGGGAGAAUCUGUAGCGAGGGUGCAGGGACACUAACGGACACAAAUGGGAGUCGAAAUCGAGACCAUAACCCCGGGCGAUGGAAGGACGUUCCCUAAGAAGGGGCAGACAUGCGUGGUGCAUUAUGUUGGAUCCCUGACGGACGGUCGUAAAUUCGACUCAUCCCGGGACAGGGACAAGCCCUUCCGCUUCAAGAUCGGUAAACAGGAAGUGAUCCGGGGCUGGGAGGAGGGCGUUGUGCAGAUGAGCGUGGGGCAGAGGGCCAAGCUGACCUGCUCUCCUGACUUUGCGUACGGGAACAAGGGCCACCCGGGCAUCAUCCCAGCCAACGCCACGCUCACCUUCGACGUGGAGCUGCUGAGCCUGGAAUGAGCCAUCCACCAACUGACGUUAUUUGACGUGACUUGAUGCUGCAGACUGGAGAGAGGACAGUGUGCAGCAUGCUCCAGCCUUGAGUUACACCACUUUCCUCUCGCUCUUUCAUCCAUAUGUUAUGAAAGUCUGUGAUGUUGUAUUCUCAGUGAUUAACUACUUUAUUUUCACAUUCUUCUUCUUCAAACCAAUGUGUGGGCCAUAAUCUUACAAAAUCUCCUGGUUCUUAAUCUUGAAUUUCUGUUUUUAAAUAUUGUGAUUUAAUGCUACUCUGCAUUUGUUUUGUGAAGACCUGUGGUGCAUGGUUAUUAUGAGUAAUACAAAACACCAAUGACUCACUAGCAACAACAUUCAUCAGUUUGAAGAGUUUACAUUGACACAGUUAGAGGGCUAGAACAUGAUGGUUUUAAUCAAGUAACCAAACCCAAGACAAUAUUUUAAAAAGCACAUUGUUUCUGAACCUCUGUUGCAGCUACAACAAAGAACAGAAUAGAAAAGCAGUCUGGUAACAUUAGAGUUUUUAGUGUUGAGCGAAGUACCAAGACUAAAUAGAAUGGUAGAAUAGAAUCAGACAGUGAAGUGUUUUAGUUUUUUGUUUUUAGUUGUUAAUGAUCUUUAAUAGGAUAUAGGGCUGUCCACUAUGAGCAGCCAAGUACUGUAUUUAAUAACAGCUGUUAACUGUACAUGUGCCUCUGUCCUGACCAGACCUGUCUAUAUCUCCUCCAUCUCAAAGCUUUGCAUUUUUAUAGCUUUUAGUCUGCCUACUUUUCCAUUUAGCUUUUGAAAGUCAAACCUUUAACCCCCUUUAAAGUCAUAGGCAUGUGGAUUGGGUGUGCACAUACAUUGGGUUGGUAGUUAUCCGUUUUAAGUGAAAUGCUUGAAAUAUAUAUUAUAUUUUACCUCAAUUAAAUUGUGACCUUCCCCCUCAACACAUUUUGUGUACCUACCAUGGGAAUUUCUCAAAUGCCAAACUUUCUAACUGCAGAUUCAUUUUUCUUUUUUUACACUUUACCAGUAGGGCAGAUCUCUGUCAAUGUCAUAAUAAUAACAAAGUAUUCUCUUUAGCUGAAGCCUUCAGCCAAAGCGAUGUAUUGGAGGGGGGGUUGGGACUUCAACCUGCAACCUCUUGAUCUGCAGUCGUACUCUCAAACCCCUGAGCUCAAGCCUUCCCUUCUUCGCUGGCACCACCAAACCUGCCUGAACAAACCCGCCGCUCUGUUCACCUGAACAAACCCGCCGCUCUAUUCACACUUCUGCUUUUGUAUCCCAUUCAAGUAACGUUCUGUUCGAUAACCACUGGAGGGAGGAGCUAUGAAGCUCGUCUGCUCCUGGCCUUGGCUGCUCGAGGCCUGUGACAGCCGCGCGGUCCUGGGCCUGGCACUUUGCCCCUCCCCUUACUGUUUUGUAGUGUGCCGAGUUACAUGCUGUGUGCAGGAUAAAACCAAUGAUAAAUAUUUAAAACUUGCUGUUGCAAUAAAGUGCUCUCCUGUUUGGGGAAAUGCCUCUG